ACUUAUCUUUCCACUCUAAUCUCCCUUGAGAAUCCAAUGACUAUUUUCAAACCCAACACAUCACAUGGUUGAGAAACCAGAAUGCUCUUUUUCAUUUCUUACGAACCAAACAGACACUGAUUUUGUCAAAGAUGUGUUUGCUUUGACAACAAGAGAGAGACAGAGUGUGUAGAGAGAGAGAAACAAUGAUAUGUAUGUAGAGGGAGAAAGAAAAACAGGGGAUGGAGAACGAAAGACAGAGGAAGCAGGGCUGACAAAUGAUGAAAGCGAGAGAGAGAGACAAAACUCCCACCGUAUAUUCUAGAUAGAGAACCAUUACGAGGCAUCUAUCUCCUAGUUUUGAAAAGAAUUGUAUACUAAAAUUUGAAAUUUGGAGUAUUUGAUUCCAAGUUUUGAAAAGAAAGAGUUGAUUGAUCAUUCAGAGAGAGAGAGAAGAGAAGUGGGUAUUGAGUAAUUUGAUGGCUGAGAUUGGAUUACAAGGAAAGCUUCUAAGUGCAGUGGUAGCCAUUGUUCUUCUACUUCUUCUUCUUCAUUCUUUUGUGUUUGUUUCCACAGAAAGUAGCAUGAAACAGGACUUUCCAAGCAAAGAAAAUGGAACUAUUCAAGAGAUUGAUCCGAAUUACUUUAAACAAAUACUCAAAUUCUUAUUGCAAAAAGGUCAAGUGGGUUAUGAGCAUGUUUGGCCGGAAAUGAAAUUUGGUUGGAAAAUCAUAGUGGGGACUGUAGUUGGCUUCUUUGGAGCAGCAUUUGGGAGUGUUGGAGGUGUUGGUGGUGGAGGAAUUUUUGUUCCAAUGCUUACUCUAAUCAUUGGAUUUGAUGCCAAAUCAUCAGCUGCAAUGUCAAAAUGUAUGAUAGCAGGUGCAGCAGCUGCAAGUGUUUUCUUCAACCUCAAGCUAAGGCAUCCUACUCUUGACCUACCCAUCAUCGACUAUGACCUCGCCCUUCUCUUUCAACCAAUGUUGGUGCUUGGAAUUAGCAUCGGAGUUGCUUUUAAUGUGAUUUUCGCGGACUGGAUGGUUACCGUCUUGCUCAUUAUUCUGUUUUUAGGCACAUCAAUUAAGACAUUUUUCAAGGGUCUUGAGACAUGGAAGAAAGAAACUAUAAUAAAAAAGGAUGCUGCUAGACUCUCGGCAUCUAAUGAUGGUGGUAGUGAAGAAGCAGAAUACAAACCUUUACCUGGAGGCCCUAGCAAUGGCACUCAAAUGGAAUCCAAUGAAUCUAAAGCACCAGAGGUUUCUAUUAUCCAAAAUAUUUACUGGAAGGAACUUGGUAUUCUUUUUGCUGUCUGGGCCAUUAUCCUUGCUCUACAGAUUGGCAAGAAUUACACAACAAGCUGUUCUGCAGCAUACUGGGUACUGAAUCUGUUGCAGAUCCCCGUGGCUGUUGGGGCAUCUGGAUAUCAAGCAAUAAACUUAUACAAAGGGAGGAGAGUAAUAGCAUCCAAGGGAGAGGAAGUAACAACUUGGCGAGUGCACCAGUUGGUUCUUUACUGUAGCUGUGGCGUUCUGGCCGGGAUAGUUGGUGGGUUGUUAGGUCUUGGUGGUGGUUUCAUUCUGAGUCCUCUGUUUUUGGAGUUGGGAAUCCCUCCUCAGGUGUCAAGUGCCACAGCUACCUUUGCCAUGCUGUUCUCCUCAUCCAUGUCAGUCGUUGAAUACUACCUUCUCAAGCGUUUCCCAGUUCCAUAUGCUCUCUACUUUGUUGCAGUGGCUACCAUUGCAGCCUUUGUAGGGCAACAUGUGGUGAAAAGAAUAAUCACCAUUCUAGGGAGGGCAUCUUUGAUCAUCUUCAUUCUGGCCUGCACAAUUUUUAUUAGUGCAAUCUCAUUAGGUGGUGUUGGCAUAGCCGAAAUAAUUGACGAGAUCGAGGAGAAGGAUUACAUGGGUUUUGAAGACAUCUGUUCGUAUUAACUUUAGGGGUAUAUUUGUGUUGGAAAAGAUAAGAUUCUUAAGAUAAGUGGAAUAUGAAAAUGAAAUAUGUGGUGUAGACUUUGAACAAGGGUAUUUGGUGGCUUCUCUGACAUUUUUCCAUCAUGUGUCUUCAUCAGAGCUCAAAAGGCUCAGGUAGCCAAUUAAGGUGCAAGACAUCAGGAAACCAACUGUUGUGAGAUUGUGAUUUAGACCUUGGGUGUUAAAUGGUUUAUGUGAAAGCACAUUCAACCAUCAGUUCAUCAUUUGAAGGGUCCCAUUUUGAGAAACUAUCAAAAACAACUUGUGAUGUAACUUGUCUAUAUUUCAUUCAACAUGAUUGUUAGUCCCAA